UCCGGCCUUCGCUCGCAGUGCUCGCAGCCUACAUCGUAUAUGGACGCUAUUUGAUUUAUAUCCUUUCUUCGAUUCGAUUACUAUUGCAGUAUUAGUUUUCCGAAACCAUGUCUAACGACUACGGUUUCAACAGCGAUGACUCUCCUAACAAAACUAAUUCACACCUGCAACUUCCUAGUCCUAUUAUUACUCGCCGAAACCGGACCGCCUCUACAUCUGAGCGAGCUCUAGGAAACCCAUUAGAAAGCGGUAAAAUUAAGUCAUUUUGUCGCGCGAAAGGUCAUGGAUUUGUGACCCCUGAAAGGAGUGGCGAAGAUAUAUUUGUACACAUCUCUGACAUUGAAGGUGAGUAUGUUCCCCUGCCUGGCGAUGAAGUCAUUUACCGCCUGUGCCCCAUCCCACCCAAGUUCGAAAAGUAUCAAGCUGUUCAUGUGCGCAUAGUGCACCUGACUCCAGAGAAGCACCUCAAGUGGGAUGAACUACCGCCGCUGUAACCGCCUAAGAACAGAUUUGCCCAAUAUUUACACUUUCUUUUUGCAAUUAUCUCCCUUGCCAUAUCAGUCCACCAUGUUUUAAAUAUUUAUUUUUUGUAGAAGAACUUCUGUUCUGUCUUGUUUAGAUAAUAUUAUUUUUUGUUCAUACUCGGCAGCCCUCGUGAAUCUCGUAAAAAAAAUUGCUUUCAAUAUUUUGAAUACUGAAUAAAACAGAAACAUUUACACUAUACUGUAAAAUUGAAGUUAUUUGAGAUAGAGAUGAACAUAAUUUGCAAUAGCUGUUUAUACAAUAUGAAAUUUCUUAAUUAGAAAUUAAGGUUGAAUAUUGAACACUGUAAAUGUUAAUAAUAUUAUCAUAAUAAUAUUAUCUAAGGUGACAGGAGACUGGCCUAAUAAUCUUAGCUGAGACAUGAUCACAUAACACAACUAAACUCACAUUUUGUUCGAACAAAAUAAUGAAUUUAAGGUUUUAUUGCUAUAGUAUAUUGUACACAACAAAUUCAGUACUGAAAAAGUGAGAAGCCAAUAUUGUGGUGCUAAAUUUUUGAAGGUUUUACCAUCAUCUUAAGAUUUUGAUAUCAUUGUAGUCAGAGUGGGUAACGGCUUCUUGCAUGUACUAUUAGAUGUGUAGUUGGACCACUAUCAAUAUUAAAUUAACAUGUAUUUUACAUAUUAAUAAUACUUAUGUAAAAUUAUUUUAUGCAGGUGGUAAAUUUUGGACGUGUCACAAAAUAGUAGUGACUAGUUCUGUUUCUACUAAGACCAUUUUAGUGCUUUAGCAAGAAACAAUAAGCUGAUGACUUUUUGACACGUUUUAAGUUUCCACUCUGCAUAAGUUUUAAUUUCAUUGUUUAUCUACAACAUUCCUGUCUUUGAGACUUAUUCCUUUAUUAUGCAGUUAUAAAAAUAUAACAAAAAAUAUAUUAUUGAUGGUUAGUGAGUUGGCAACUUUGUGUUGUGGUCUAACUUGCACAAAAAUAUAAAGUUUUUAAUUAGUAAUUUAAUUAAGAUGAAUUAUUUGGCCUAAAUGGAGCUAUAUAUUAUAUAACCUGAAGUCAGUGUCUUAUGUUGCAUUGUUAAUUUAUUUAAAUGUAGACUGUAGCCACUAGAGAUGCGCAAAAUUUCACUGAGUUGAAAAGAUUGAUUCAUAUCUUUCGCUCGUGGUGAUGUAUAUCACUCAUUUCGCUCAGUGGAUCUGUAGAGUAGACUAUAUUGUUCAAGAGUGAGUAGAGGGAAAUGUCAAUCAAUCAGAUACACACAGCCAUAAGUGCGACCAAGAUGGCGAAUCAAGCGCACGCGAUACGAUCCCGCCAUGUUUUCCCGACACCCUCCGAAUUCUUCCGAACCGCUCCGAAACCUAUUCGCAUCGUCUCACUCGCACCUCGCUCGUUACGCUCGGCCGGCUCGUUCGAAUCAUGAGUGAGAAAGAGAGCGCGAGGAACACUAAUGUAGAUGAGCGACUGAACGAGUUAAAUCAUCAGUGAGUUGAAGAGUGAGCGAGUUGAAUCAAAACAUAUAGGUAGUUCAUUUAAUCACUCACUCGUGAACGACACAUGUCUAGUAGCCACAAGAGAAAGAAAUGUUACCAGACAUGACAUUGUAAUGAGUACAGUCAGCAUCAAAUAGGGACGGCCAAAGGUUUUUCUUUACAAAGUAUAUUUCAGUUUAUAAUUUAUAUUUAUAAUAUUAUAGUAGUGUGACUACUUAAAAACACAAAUCAAAAUAUAUAAUAAAAUAAUUGUAUUUGUUCUCUAGUUGUCUGUUUGUUUCUUUACUCUUGUGAUGUAGUAUAGCACAAAUCAAUUGUGCCAUUACUUGUGAUAGGAUAUCAUUCAAAGAUCUAAUGUUAUCACUACAUUAAGAUGUAUUUGCAAAUGUGUUUAAUUUUAUAGGUGUUGGUUCUUGUACUCUUAACGAAACGAUCAAUGAAUUUAAAAACGAUAAUAAAUGUAAUACCCGUUUUAUACCUCCUCCAUUCCAAAAAGCAUUUUACAGUACUUAUUCAAAUAUUUCAAGAUUGUGUAAAUGAAAAUUACGAACAAUAAAUGAAUAUUAUUAAUGUGUUUAUAACCUAUUUAAAGUUUUUACCUACGGGUGGGUUGCUAUAAGUAUCUGAUUCUAAUAUAAGUACGUUGAGAAUACGGUAAUCAACGUUUUUGUUGCAAUAACCCGCUCUUUUUGCAGUAUUUUAUUUGUAAUUCCCCUCUACUUUUGUAUGCCAUGCUUGAGUUAGCUAACCGUACUUAGUAUUGUAAUUAAUAAUUAUAGAUAUGACAGCGAAUAUAAUAUCUAUGUGUAAGCA